AGGAAAUUUACAUGUGGACUUACUCUGGCGCCCGAGACCAGAAACCGUUGCCUGACCAUGACACACCCUCAGAUGUGCGUCCGCGCCACUAAAGAGAAUUUACAUGCGGACUUGCUCAGGUUAAGUUUAGGUUGUUUUCGCAUUGAGCUCCACUUGGAGACCAGUCCACUUUGUUAUGGUUCGUUCUAAUCCUCUAAUUGAUAUCCACAAACUGUUAACAAAAAAAAAAGAUAUCCAGAAAUUAAAAAUGGAUGAAUCCUAAUUACAAACACUAUGCCCUUAUUUAAGUAUAAUUUUUGUAACAAAUAAAGUAGACUUGAACCAAAAUUCAAAACUCCUACGUAAACAAUACUUAUACCACUACAUAUUCAAUCAUUCAAGUUCAUAGAAUGAUCAAAGAGAACAAAUCCAAAAGAAAAUGCUUUUAAAGUCAACGAGUGGACCAGCUAAUACCGCACUGGCCCAAAACAGCACGCGCUUUCGGAGUUUUGAAUAUCUCACAAACAACGUCGUUUUAUCUAAUCCACAGCUAGUGUUCCAAAAAAAAAAAAAAAAAAAAUCUAAUCCACUGCUCCACACAGACACUAGCAAACACUAAAAGCCGGUUUGGUUGACUGACACGUUAUUCAUUGACUUGUCAACUCCUUCUAUAAAUAACACCCUAAAACUUACUAAUUCUACUCACUCAAAACUAAAAAAACACACUUGAUCUUCUCUAGCUAAAAACCCUAAAAUAUAAACAUAUCAAAGAUGAAUUUUGUUAGAUCAUUGUGCGUUUUCAUUACCUUCCUCAGUUGUCUAGUCAUCUCGGUCCAUGGCCAAGCUGCCGCAAGGCCCGGUCCUGGUUCUGGCACGAGGAUAGGGUUUUACUCAACCACAUGUCCUAACGCCGAAACCAUUGUCCGAAACGCCGUGACAGCUGGAUUCAGCUCUAACCCUAGAAUCGCACCAGGAAUACUAAGAAUGCAUUUCCACGACUGCUUCGUCCAAGGCUGUGACGGUUCCAUCCUUAUAACGGGAACUAACACUGAGAGAACAGCCGUUCCGAACCUCAACCUCCGUGGAUUUGAAGUCAUAGACAACGCCAAAACCCAGCUCGAAGCUGCUUGCCCUGGAGUCGUCUCUUGUGCUGAUAUUUUAGCUUUAGCCGCUCGUGACUCCGUUGUCCUCACAAGAGGAACAAGUUGGCCCGUACCAACCGGACGUAGAGAUGGUCGAGUUUCUUUGGCUUCGAACGCUAAUAAUCUCCCUGGUCCCGGUGAUUCCGUCGCCGUUCAACAACAGAAGUUCUCUGCUUUGGGACUCAGUACCCGCGAGCUCGUCGUCCUCGUCGGAGGACACACGAUCGGAACAGCGGGGUGCGCUACAUUCAGGAACAGACUAUUCAACAGCACCACAGGCCCUGCGGAUCCAACCAUUGACCCGACGUUUUUGGCGCAGCUUCAGACACAAUGUCCCCAAAACGGUGAUGCCAGCGUGCGCGUUGAUCUCGACACCGGAAGUGCAACCACUUUUGACACAUCCUAUUUCAACAACCUAAGCCGUGGCCGUGGAGUCCUCCAAUCCGACCAAGUCCUCUGGACCGACCCCGCAACUAGACCCAUUGUGCAACAGUUGAUGAGUCCUAGAAGCACCUUCAACGGUGAUUUUGCCAGGGCAAUGGUCAGGAUGAGUAAUAUUGGUGUACUUACUGGGGCUAGUGGAGAAAUUCGUAGGGUUUGCUCCGCGGUUAAUUAAGUAAAUUAUUAAAACAGUGGUUAGUCAUGGAUAAACUUUCAUGGCUGGCUAAAUACUUGUUUCUAUUAUGAUUUUAGUUUCAAUAAUAAAUAAACCAAUAGAAAACGACAUAAGAAAAGCCCAAAAGUGGGUUGGUGAAAAAAUGUUUCUAUAAGAUGUUUGUAUUCGAUUUCUUUUGGCUUUACUUGGUGAAAUUAGUAAAAUGUCACUUCUUCACAAAUAAUUGCAUGACUCGUGAUGAGUUUGGCUCUAUUUUGUAUUCUUAUAUUUUAUAAUUUCCGUUAACCAUGAGUAGACUUCCGAGGGUAAUGCUCAUGUACCACCAAUGAUUUAACUGUGGCUAGAUAAACUGGCUAAGCAGAAAAAUGAGAUUUAUCUAAAUAUAAUUUAGAUCAUUUACGAAAGUACAAUAAAUAUGGAAUACAAUUUGACUAUAUAAAAAAUGAAACAAGGCGUCUGAUACUUACUUUACUGUAUUAGAUUAUGUAUAUUUUGCUACAUGUUCUCAUCGAUUUUGAGAGGUAACAAGGUGACGAAAAAUAAAUGAGCGAAUUAAACCGAAACCAGACUACCACAUCUAAUCGCAUAUGUAUCGAAAGGUAUAGUCGCAUACACACAUUUGAUGUACGUAUACUUCAAAAAUGAUGGGUUCUUAAUUAACUUUUUAUGCUCAUCAAAUUUAUUAAAAUAAUGACUAGAAAACAUAGUUUAGUGUAGCUUUGGUGUUACGGUCCAAUUAUGCAUACAUGAAAAAAAACAAAUAAUCAACUGUUAAAAUUCUGGUCAAAUAUUCACCCCUUAUUAAUUUGCAAAUAUGUUAGUCAAUUAAUCAGGAUCUUUAUAAUUUUGAACCCCCAAUUAUUUGUUGCGUUAUCAAAAUUUAUGAGCUCUUAGUGUGUGUUUUUAAACACUUUAUGAGGUCUUAGUGUGUUUUGUAUCUGUAUUUAAGUGGAUGUAUACGCAUAAUUUCUAUUGUACCCAAUGUUACCCCCCAAAUAUCAUUACAUUCAUGGCGGUGCACAUAACAAACUAGUGAAUAAUGUCAACGAUUCGUUAAACUCUCGUGUUCCAGUCUUCUCAAAGUAAAAUAGAUAGUUGAUUGGGCAACCAAUUAAGGAUUUAUAUUUGAUUAGUGUAUAGUUGAUAAAAAUAAAUAAUUAUUUGUUUUGCAGACAAAAGAAGUUUAACUUUAUGACUUUAUUUACUAAUGUAAAUAAUAAACACUACAAAAAAAGUCUACAUUGAUAGCACAUUGUUAUAGCACGUUUUACUGAACUGCUAUCGUAGAUGAUUUAAAAUUUAUCGUAUCAUAUAAUAGCAUUAGAUAAAUGCUACAAAAGAGUUUUUAGUAAAUGGGAACCUAAAAGUAGAUCUUUCGCGAAAUACUUUGUGAAAAUCCCAUCACUAAUCAAUUUUCCUCUCUUAACUCUCAUUUUUCACUCGCUCAAAAAGUGACCACUAAGGUGCAAGUGUGAGGAUCCACUUUCUUUUAACUACAGCCAUUGAUUAAAAUAAAUCUAAUGGCCAAGAAUGAACAAAGUGAAAAAUGUGUUCUUCCACUAUCUCCUACCUUUCCUUUCGUAUUCUCUAUCUUUUUUUUUUCUUUUGAACAAAGGCUUAACUCUUCUCUUUUCUUAUCUCAUGUUGACAUGUUCUUCUUCAUCCUUAAACAAAAUUACCCCGUAAACAAAUCUGUCACAACCACCACCAUCACCAUCAUCUCUGUCUCCUCGUUCUCUACCUCCGCCAAUGAAGCUGUCUCAGCCACCAUCACCAUAACCUCCGCCGCUGCCACCAUCAUCUUAAUCUCCACCCCCUCGUUAUCUAUCUCCGCUAAUGAACUCUGUUUCAACCAUCACCACAAAAUCUCUUUUUAUCAAUUCUCUUAUCAAAGCUUCUUCUUGUCCAGAUGCAGAUUCAUAAAGAAGAUAGAGUUUUCUCCACCAUCGAUUCAAGAUCUGAUGCGAGGAAUGAGAGAUUGGCCGGAAGCGGAGACAUGAUGAAGCCGGAAUCAUAGAAAGCGGUGACAAGGUGAAGCCAGAAGUGGAGACAGCGAUGAAGCUACGGUGGAGGCGGUGAAGCCAAAGGAGUAGUAACGGAAGCUGGGCAUAGAGAGGAAGAAUACGACGAAAUUCAUGGCUGGGUACGGAAGAUGACAAGCACAGUGGAGAAGAAGAAGUGGUGGUCGUGGUGGAGAGCGACGGAGAUUAGUGGUGGUCAUUAGCGGCGGGGACAUUAGGUUUAGAAUUUUUUUUUGGUUUACAUUUUAACUUUGGUUUAUUGUAAACCGAUUCAUAUUUGUAAACCAUAUUUAACUUUAAUGAAUAAAUAAAAUUUCUUUUUAAA